CGCCGGCGGGGGGGCGGCUGCCCCUUCCGGCGGGGAGCGGCGGGACCCGCCGCGGGCUCCCGGCGCCGGGAGGGCGGGAGCCGCUGUCGGCGGGCGCGGGGCGAGGCCGGCGGGGGCGGGCGCUGCCGGGGCGGGCUCCAUCCCUCCGGAAGUCUCUCCCGCUCCCUCCUUUCUCCUCCUUUCCCCCGACAACAUGGCCGCGAAGUCGGACGGCGGCGGCGGCGGCCCGGCCGUGCUGCUGGAGAGCCCCGAGGGCGGCGGCGGGCGGCGGGAGGCGGGCGCGGAGCCCCCGGCGCGGCGGUACCGGCUGCGGGACGGCUGCUGGGUGUUCUGCGCGCUCCUCGUCUGCUUCGCGGACGGUGCCUCGGACCUGUGGCUGGCGGCCCAUUACUACGUGCGGGGGCAGCGCUGGUGGUUCGGGCUGACGCUGCUCUUCGUGCUGCUGCCCUCGCUCGUGGUGCAGAUGCUCAGCCUCAGGUGGUUCGUCUACGACUUCGCCGCCAGCACCAAGGACAGCGGCGGCGGCACCAAGGACAGCGGCCCCCGCGGCUGCUGCCGCCUCUGCGUCUGGCUGCUGCAGGGCCUGAUCCACCUGCUGCAGCUGGGGCAGGUCUGGAGGUACCUCCGCACGCUGUACCUGGGGCUGCAGAGCCGCUGGCAGGCCGAGCACCGCCGCCGCCACUUCUACUGGCGCAUGAUGUUCGAGAGCGCCGACAUCAGCAUGCUGCGGCUGCUGGAGGCCUUCCUCAAGAGCGCGCCCCAGCUCGUGCUGCAGCUCAGCAUCAUGGUGCAGCAGAACUACAUCGAGCCGCUGCAGGGACUCUCAGCCUCGGCCUCGCUGGUCUCGCUGGCCUGGAUGAUCGCGUCCUACCAGAAGGUGCUGCGGGACUCGCGGGAGGACAAGAUGCCCAUGUCCUACAAGGGUGCCGUGGUGCAGAUCCUCUGGCACCUCUUCACCAUCGCCGCUCGUGCCAUCGCCUUUGCCCUCUUCGCCUCCGUGUUCCAGCUCUACUUCGGCAUCUUCAUCGUCACCCACUGGUGCAUCAUGACCUUCUGGAUCAUCCAGGGCGAGACGGAUUUCUGCAUGUCCAAGUGGGAGGAGAUCAUCUACAACAUGGUGGUGGGCAUUAUCUACAUCUUCUGCUGGUUCAACGUCAAGGAGGGCCGGAGCCGCUACCGCAUGUGCAUCUACUACAUCAUCACGCUGUCAGAGAACGCCGCCCUCACCAUCCUCUGGUUCCUCUACUACGACCGCAAGGCCACCUCCGACUUCAACGCCUUAAUCCUCGUCUGCGUGGUUAGCUCCAGCUUCGCCCUCGGCAUCUUCUUCAUGUUCAUCUACUACUGCCUCUUGCACCCCAACGGCCCCAUCUUCAGCCACCGCUCCGUGGGCUGCAUCUUCCGCCAGGAGCCGCCGCCGGUGCCGGGCUCGCCCGUGGAAGCCGUCACCAGCCCGCCGCGCUCGCUGCCGCGGACUACAGGGGGGGAGCGGGACGGGGCGCCGGGGGAGCGGGACAGCUGCGUGCCCGUCUUCCAGGUGAGACCCUGUGCCCCGCCGGCGCCGGCCGCCCGCGCCCCGCGGACAGAGGGGCCCGUCAUCCGCAUUGACCUGCCCAGGAAGAAGUACCCGGCCUGGGAUGCCCACUUCAUCGACCGGCGCCUGCGGAAGACCAUCCUGGCGCUGGAGUACGCGUCGCCCACCACCCCCCGGCUGCAGUACCGCACCCCCGGCGCCCCGCAGGAGGUGCUGGAGUACGAGACCACCGUGUAGGCUGCGGGGCGUGAGGCUGCGGCGGGAGCGCCGGUGCCACCCGGGCCACCCCGUGUCUCCACAGCUGUCUGCCUUCCUUUGGGUUCGCCGGCGCUGCCGUGUCGCCAUGCCAAGCAUCUCGUGGGCGGUGGCCGGGGAGGUCUCUUGGUGCUAUCCCCUCCCCGCGCUGCCUUCCCGCAGCCCAGACCCGUCCCACCCGACGGCGGCCGCCCCCGCGCCCUCCAGGGCUCGUCCUUGCCAAAAUACCUCACCGGUGCCUGAGCCCAGGCGGUGGGUGCUGUGGCCCAUAUCAGGGGUGCAGGAUGGGGACCGGGGGCACCCUGGGAUGGGGCUGGCAGCUGCCGGGGGCACGGUGGGGCAUGGCGGGCAGCACACAGGAACACAGGUGCCCGUGCCACGGCAGAGCCGUGGGGGUGGAACAUGGCUACACUGGGGUGUGCAUGGGGCUUGUGACCCCCGGGGAGCUGGGGCAGGGACAGCCGGGGUCCAUCCAGUCCCUCCCAUGUCUCCCAUACCAACCCGAAGUGAGCCCCUUCAUAUCCAUCCUCAGUCCCCCAGGCUCAGGGUUGAGCCAUGUCCCCAACUCCAUGGGGUCUCCAAUAUCCUGUGGGGCGUAGGCCCUGGCCUGGGGGGGCCCCUUGUGGGUGGGCACGAACCUUGCCCCCCUGGUUUGGAGCUGGGUCCCCAGCUGUGGCCAGGAUGGCUGCACCCCAUCCUCCCCCCAUCCCCACAGGAACUGCUUCAUCUCAUUGGGUUUGUUUUCACCUGGAUGGUGACAUUUUGUGUGACAUUUUCUACCUCCGCUGGGGCCGGGGGUGGCAGGGCCUGGCUGGCACCACUGAGGGGUUUGUGCGGGGCCGCCGGCGUUCCCCGGAUUCCCCAAAGUGGGAUUCACCCCCAGCCGUUCUCCUCUCCUGGGCUGGCAUCCCUUCCCACCCGGGAGCAUUUCCAUUCACUCCUUCAUCAGCAUCACCCCCUCCAGCUCCGCAGUGUGAACCUGAGCUGGGACCCUCCCUGCCCUGACCUCACCCUGUGUGCCCCCUGCCUGUCCCUGCCUGUCCCCAGUCCCUGCCCCUGCCUCCCCGGAGGCGUGGGGCUGCUCGGGCUCUGGGUUUGAAUGUGUCCCUGGUCCUGCCCAGAUCCAGCGGCCCCAGCGAGGGGCUGUGCUGAAUGUACCCUGUGCCCCCCGGGCGGGACUGCCCCGGGGUGUGUGUGUGUGUGUGUGUGUGUGUGUGUGUGUGUGUGUGUGUGUGUGCAGGGGCUGGCAGGGCUUUGCAGGGCAGGGGAGCUCUUGGACCCCCCAGCCUUGUGCUGCCCCCCUUGCCCCCCACACCCACGGCCCCUGUGCCUUCCCUGCAUCCCCUGUGCCCCCGCCACGGCUCCAAAGGGUUCCAGCCUCUGGCUGCCCGAGCCACAUUGCCAAGCCCUGCCCGGGCCGGGAGCGUGGGCAGCACUGAGAGCCCCCCUGUGCCAUGGGGCACCGUGUGAGGCACUAGAGGAUGGGAGGAGUGGGAUGGGAGAGCUGCACCUGGGAACGGCUGGGACGUGGGGUCCCUGAGGGCCAGUGUGGCUGCCCAGCCCUGUGACACGGCCGGGUGGGAGGGUGCGUGGUGGCAGUGGCGGUGGCAUCACGUUGCUUUUGUUCCCCAUUUCUUGCCAGCUGGGGUGACAGCAGGCUGGGCUGGCCGUCGCUGGGUUCACUGGUGCUAACUGGUGCUAACUGGAAGCCUUGGAAACCCUUUAGGAGGAGGGUGCAGAGCAUGGCUGGGGCUGGGCAGUGGGCUGGGCCCCUGCCACCUGCACGGCUCCUCCACUGCCACCACGGCAGCCCCGGUGGUGUGUGCUGGUCAUGCUGGGGCACUCCUGUGGUGUGUGCUGCUGUGCUGGGGCAGCCCCGGUGUGGGGCAGCUCCGGGUUGGGGUCUCUUUUCCUCAGGGAAGGUGGGGGCAGCAGCCGGGGUGCCAGGCUGUCCAGGGGCUCACUGCUGCAGGCAUCAAGCAGUGUCACUGCAGCCCCCGAGCGGUGCCCAGGUUGGUGGCAGCUCCUCCCUGGGUCUGGCUCGCAGAGGAUCUGGGGAUGGGCCAUUUGGGGACUGUGUGCCAGCACGGGGUGGCUCCUCUGGGCUCCCCCUGUCCCUGUCCACCCCAGGGCAGAGAUGCCAUUUGUUCAUACCCUUCACGCCGGGGUUUGUGUGGGGACCCCAGGGCCACGCUGGUGGGUCAGAGGGACACUUUUCUAUGCACUCAAGCCACGGUACCCUCAGCCCUGGGCUGCUCUGGGCACAGGAGUCUGGCCACGUGUGGGGUUCGGGGGGACCCCUCAGUCUCACUCCUGCCCCAGGCCACCCCCCAGUCCCCACCCACCCUGUGCCACAGCAGCAGCCAAACCCAGCGCCGGGUCCCCGUGACGGGGGACACGACCGGGGGCCAGCAUGGGCACAGCUCCAGGGCUGCUCGAGCUCCCACUGGGGAUGGCGGGGUUCUGGUCCCUGGGGGUGUCACCCAGGGGUGGCAGCAGGGCUGCUCCAGCUUCAGGGAGUGAGAAAAGUUCGUUCUGGCAGGGGCUGCCGCGGGGUCUCAGCCACCUCCCCGACCCCCCGGCGCUGGGACCCGGCGGCUGCUGUCACGUACUGUAAAUACUCUGUGUGCCACCUUCUUCUCUGGGACCCUCGGCGCGGGCGGGGGCGAGCGGGAGGCCGGGGUCCGUCCCGAGACUUUUUUGUAUACCACAAACUUUUUGUAUAUUUUUAAUUUUGCUGCAACAUGAGAUAUUAAAUUCAUUUCAAUAA